CAAAAGAGGUCACGUGGAUUAUGUCCAUGGACGAUGAGCGAGCGCGAAGAGUGAUAAAUUGAAAAUUGAUUGUUUUAUUGAUGUUUUUCUAAACGUGAAUAAUUUUUGUGAAUCAGCUAAACCGUUCUUUUUGGUACUUGUUAUGUGGGCAUCGGUGAGACACAGUUAAGUGGAAUAAAAUAGGUUCUGUAUUACCUAUUAUUCAUGGGUUCUACCUGUAAAAAUGCAUAAAGCUGAAUAUCCGGUUUCCAAAUGAACUUCAAAUUUCGUAGAUUUUUGUUUUGAUUUUGCUGUAGUAGCCUAAAUUCGAUGGGCGUGGUAAAUAAACCAGUGUAGAUGAAAAGGUGAAAGGUGCUAAGGAUCAGCGUCAUUGUAAUAGCAUUUAUCGCUUUGGUAGUCAAUUGCGUUGAGUUGAUCUGCUCAAGAGGUUUGGAUUGGAAGUAAAAACUUCGAAUGGUCGUUGGCUAUUUGCCAAAGUUUGGUGCUCUUUUUCAAAGUCCCGGGUUUUUUAUUAGGUGAAAACCGAGACGGGGCCGAUUAAUGUAUUAUUCGAUCUCACAGAAGUAAUUUGGGGAUUAGAGGUGAAAGCAGUAAUAUUAUUUUUACUACUGUGAAAUUGAUAUUGCUACAGGAUCUUUUUACCUUUUUGAUUUCCUCUUUUGUGUACGGUUAAGUAGGAGAACCGGAAGUUUUGCUAUCUAAAAAGUAGUAGUGUAAACCUAGACAGAAUUAAUGCGCUUGUCGUAUAGAAUUUUAUCAGAACGUAUUUACCAUUCUCGCAAUUUAUAAACAGGUAAUAAAAGAUGUUCGGUAAAAAGAAGGAAAAAAAAGUUAAGGUGGAAAUAUCCCGCCCGAUGGACUUUGAACAUCGGGUUCACACAGGAUUUGACUAUAGACAUGGUGAGUAUGUUGGUCUUCCACCUCAGUGGGCAUCGCUAUUGUCGAGCACAAGUUCCCGACCUAUACCAGUCAUUGAUCCUUGUUCAAUUACACCAACGGAUAUGGCUCCGUUGAAGCAAAUCGUCCGAGGAGGAACUGCACAUACAGGGAGCUCGUCCAAGCCUGUAUCUGUUGCGCGAUCAAAUUCGUUACGAAGUGAUAACCAACCGCAAGCUCCUCGGACUUCACAAUAUCAACCAUCUCAGCCCACUUUGCACGAACAUAAUAAUGGUUUUAAUGGACAAAGGAGCGACCCUUAUAGACAGGAUAGAAUUGACAGCCACAAUGCCUAUCCAAACUACUCAACGAACGAACGAUAUGAACAACGACCAACUGCGGCAAGUCCGCCACACAAUAAUUAUAUGCACACACCACCAAGGCAACAGCCGGCGGAUUAUACGGAUGCCUACGGCUAUGGAGCAAAACAACAAAAUCGUCCUCCAAGAACAUUGGAACAGCAGCAUUCUCCCCAAUAUUCUACUCAGUCCGGAAACAGCGGCUCGUAUAACCCUUAUAACAAUAACAACGGCCAACCAACACCACAACAAUACUACGAUAAUCAUGUUUCUACUACUGAACGUCCUAUGUUGUCACCGUCUGGAAAUAUGUCAUCAACGCCACAUAGUCCAACAUCCCCUACUAACACUUUACCCGCUUCCCCUGCAAGUCCGUACGGAGACCAAAGAUACUCACACGAGCAGUUCCGUACAGCUUUAAAAAUGGUUGUUAAACCUGGCGAUCCUCGGUCACUUUUUGAUAAUUAUACAAAAAUUGGUGAAGGUAGUACCAGUAUAGUUGAAACUGCCAGACGAAGAAGUUCUGGCGAAGUAGUAGCCAUUAAGAAGAUGGACUUGCGACGUCAACAGCGUCGUGAGCUUCUUUUUAAUGAAGUUGUAAUCAUGCGAGAUUAUCAACAUCCUAAUAUCGUCGAAAUGUACGAUAGUUAUGUUGUAGAAGAUGAAUUAUGGGUUGUUAUGGAAUAUUUAGCUGGUGGUGCCCUAACCGAUCUGGUAACGAAUGUUAAGAUGAACGAAGAGCAAAUUGCAACUGUUUUAAAAUCUUGUUUAAAAUCUUUGGCGUAUUUGCAUUCGAAUGGUGUCAUUCACCGAGACAUUAAGAGCGAUUCUAUUUUAUUAGCUCCCGACGGUAGAAUUAAGUUGUCAGAUUUCGGCUUUUGUGCUCAGAUUUCUCAUGAGCUGCCUAAAAGAAAGAGUUUAGUGGGCACACCUUAUUGGAUGGCACCGGAAGUUAUUUCUAGGUUACCCUACGGAACCGAAGUAGACAUUUGGUCAUUGGGUAUUAUGCUUGUUGAAAUGGUAGAUGGUGAACCACCUUUCUUUAAUGAACCACCUUUACAAGCAAUGCGUAGAAUUCGCGAUAUGCCACCUCCUAAAUUAAAAAAUCCUACAAAAGUCUCUCCAAGGUUGCAUGCCUUUUUAGAUCGCAUGUUGGUGAGAGAUCCUACGCAAAGGGCAACUGCUUUUGAACUACUACAACAUCCGUUUUUAAGACAAGCUAGUAACCAAUCUUGUCUAAGGCCCUUAAUGAGAUCUCCCGCUUCUUCCGUUCAACAACCACUUCCACAUCAUGAUUUGAAACACCAUCACGCUUAUGCCCAACCUAGAAUGUGAAAGGAGUGAGUUAAGAUAAUAUUAUUUGUUAUUCGACUGUAGUUGUCUAUUAGUUUGUUUUUUAGCAUGAUGAGCAGGCACUUGAAGAGGGUAUAAAACUGUGAUUAAAUAUUGCUCAUAUCAAUCUAAAAAAAAGAAAAACAUAUCAAUUUCUGCCUAACACUUGUAGAGUUGAUUAACCUGCUUUAAUUCUUGCAUAAGCACAUGUGUCAAUUAACAUAUCGAUAUAUAUAUAUAUGUAUAUAUAUAUAUAUAUAUAUAUAUAUAUACUUUUAGUAUAUAUGUGCAUACAUAUACUCAUCAUUAGAAAUUGUACAGGUAUACAAAAUAAUCCGUCUUCGUUUUUUUAUUAUUAAAACAUCAUGUCAACUUUUUUCGUUCUGUUUUCAAUUUGGUGCCUUUUUGAUAUUUGCACUUGUUUGUACGUUAUCUAUUCUAUCUCUAAUGUAUACCCAGAAUGUUAUAUUUUAUGCUGUAUAUGAAUGUAUAUAACCUAUAUGUUGAAUACGUUUUUUAAUGUAGUUUGAAAACUAAUUUGCAUAAGGAAAUGAGGGAUAUAUCUUUAUAUUCGUUCUUGACGACGUUAAGAAUACAUAUUCUUUAGAAUGAAUGAAUUAAAAAAAAAAUUUUAUAAGUAACAACAACAAUGUGCGAUUUUUAUAAUGUGAUCAAACUGACAAUCAUCAAUCUAAGAUAAAAUGCAAUCACGAAAACAGCAGAGUCAUCAAUUUUAAUGUUAACCAAUAAUAAAAGAAAUGGAAACAUAUUUCAUUCCUUAUCAAUCAACUGCCUUAUAACCCGGUUUAUUAAGUGUUUUACUAAUAAAAUAAGCAAAAAUAAUUAUGAUGAUGAAAAUUCCAAGGGAAGAGGCAACAACCAGAGGUACAAUAUUCUGUUUUGCUUGUUUAUUGGCGACGUCCGCUGGACAGUCGUGACCUGUUAUAUUAAUAUUUAUUCUUUGUUUAUAUAAAGUCUUAUGCUUUCCUUCUAUUUGCUUUUUUCUUUUAACUAUAUUAUACUCUUUGUUUGUUUAUUUUUAAUAAAUUGAUUAAAGGAAGAAAGGUUUGAAAGUGUAACACUUACUUUUUAAGAAUUUGCCACUCUCCGGUACGUUGAACGGUUGAAAUCGUACAUUUUUCAAAUGAAGCUUAGCAUUUUUAAACUGACUGGUUUUUUU